AGGCGUAGUUCCCCCAACUCCGCAGAGUCACUUCGGUUUCGGGGAAACGUGGAAGGUGGUUGUCGCGUCUGCAAAAAAUAAUAAUAAUAAUAAUAAUUUUUUUAAAAAACCCAACAGCGAUGGCCUCCAAAGAACUUCUCCUCUGGUGCGUCGUGCUGGUGUGGGUCUCCGGCCUGACGGAAGCCUUGGAAAAACCUCCUACAGUGCAAGUGUAUUCCCGCUACCCUAUAACCAUCGGCAAGGAGAAUAUUCUGCACUGCUUCGCGGAGAGUUUCCACCCUCCAAAAAUCAACGUUACCCUUCUGAAGAAUAACGCUGAAAUACCCAACGUCAAGCAGUCCGACCUCUCUUUCAAGGAAGACUGGACCUUCCAGCUUCUGACUCACGUUGCGGUGGUUCCCAAUGGAAAAGAUGAAUAUUCGUGCACCGUGAGCCACCAAGCGCUCAAAGAACCCAUGACUGUGAAAUGGGAACAGGAUUACUAACCCAGUAAUCUCUAGCAAAUAAGAUUUGAUGAAUGAUGCUUUAAACUACUAUUAUGGCUGCUGAUCUUUCUGAAUUUAUUUCAAAUGCUGUUUCUGCCUAUCAAUGACUGAAGAGCUCCAAUUUCAACUUUUUAAAGCAAUGCAUUUUCAGGAAAGGAUCAAAGUUAGACAUCACGUGUUUAGAUAAAUCAGCAUUUGAGGUAUCAUGAUUUUACACACAGUUUUCUAUAUUUAGAGUCAUAGUCCAUUUGGAGUCACCAUCAAUCGAUCAAUCUGGGUGUGAAAACGUCAUCAUUUUUGCUUUACUGCUAUGUUAAAUCUUUUAGGAGUUAAGAGUAUUUUCUUGUGUUAUUGUGGAGAUAAGAAUGAAAGAAUUGAAUUUUCUAAAUAUGAUAAUUAAAGUUUCCUUUUAUAAACUGAUAUCUGAUAGGCUAGUUCAUUUGAGAGUCUUACCUAAUAUAUAAGUUCUUUUUGCUAUCCUCCACUAAUGUACACAUAACCCUCAAUAAAGGUUGUCUAACAAUG